GAGCCGGCGAGUUCCGGCACGCGGUGCGCGACGAGCUGCGGGGGCAGCUGGCGGAGCUGCGAGCGGAGCUGCGGUCCGAGGCUGAGGGCCAUCGGGCCUUGCUGGAGGCCUUGCGCGCCGAAGUGCUGGACGCGGUGGGGGUGGGCGCGGUGGGGGGGCGCAGCCCGUGCAGCGCAGGCCGCGUCGGCGGGUUUCAGGUGCAGGAGUCGCGCAGCCCGUCCAGCGCAGGCCGCAGCCGCGUCGGGGGGGUCCAGGCGGAGGGGUCGGGCAGAGGCGCCGUGGGACGCGAGGUCAGCGCUGGUGACCUCGGCGGCUCCGCUGACCCCAAAGCCAGCAGUUAUCGCCGCACUAUGCGUGCGUCUUUUCGUCGCAACAUAGCUCGCAACAGGGCGAUCGAGGCCGCGGGCAAGGGGGCGCGGACGGCAGCGGGCAACAUCGCGGAUACUCCUCCAACGCCGGUUGAUCUGGACCUGCAGGAUGUGAUAAUAAACGCGCUGACGUCGUAUAAUACGGAAGUCGACAACGACAGGCCUGUGAGCGCCCUGCGCAGGACUUUGGUCGGCUCGUACACCGGUGGACUGGCGCGGCGGUCGGUGGGAGUCGAGGGAUCGGCUCGAAGGAAAUGGUUCGAAUUCGGAGUAGGGCUGAUUAUUCUAGUCAACGCUCUAGCCCUUGGACUGGAGCUCGAACUUGAGCUCCAGAUGAAUGGCAGCGAGUGUCCCGAAUGGUUGGGGCACGCGUUUUUGAUAGUAUUCAUUCUUGAACUAGUCUUGCGAUUUGCUGCCGACGGCAGAAUCUCACUUCAAAGCUGGUGGUUCCGCGUCGAUGUCUUCAUUAUUGGUAUCGGCGUGCUGGAGAGGUGGGUGUUGAUGCCGAUUCUAGCGCACGCGGUCGACGGGGACACCAGUGUAGAGUUCGCGUCGCAGAUGUCAAUAUUUCGCGGUCUCCGUUUGAUGCGUUUGGCCCAGGCGCUUCGUUUGUGGACACACUUCCAAGAGUUGUGGAAAAUUGUUAACGGUAUGAUACAAGCCGCUCGGGCGUGUAUGUCCGCGUUUGUCCUCGUGAUCUUCGCCAUGUACAUGUUCGCGUGCAUCGCCGUCGAGGUGAUCACUCGCUCGGAACGCCUGUCGGGCGAUCCUGUCACUGCGGCCAUCGUCGAAAUGAACUUCCGCUCAGUGCCGUUGACCAUGAUGACGCUAUUGCAGUUGUCGAACCAGGACUCGAUCGCCAGCGUGUACGCACCCCUCGUGCAGCAGCAUCCAUGGCUGUCGCUGUACUUUCUGGCCGUCUGGAUGCUGGUGACCAUGCUCAUCAUGAAUCUCGUGACCGCGACAAUAUUGUCGAGUCAUCAAUCUCGCAGGCGUCGGAGGACUCACAGAUGCGCGCCCAGCUGA